AAUAUACAAGUGAUUUUCUUGAUACGGCCAAAUGGAAAAAAAUUUUGGCCAUAGAUAUAGACCGCACCCAAUUGGAGGUUAUGCCGGAUUGUUGCUUUCAAGCCUUACUCUAUGAAAUUUUUGAAAUGUCCGAUUUCUAG